AUGGCGUCCGACCUGACGAAUCCGAUUCUGGACGCCUUAUCUGCGUCCGAAACUAUCCUCUCCAACGAAGCCUUCCCCUCCACCCCCUCAUCGACCGUCAAAAGUGCGCUGGACCGCCUGGGCUCGCGGCAGAUGCUGGAAUAUGAAACCCGCGAGAAGGAAGUGAUUACUCUGACGGCCGAAGGUCAGGAGAUCGCCGCCAAUGGCAGCCACGAGGCCAAGGUUUUCGCGGCUGUGGUGGCCGCCAUGGACGGGUUGAAGAUCAAAGAAUUGCCCGAGAUCGUGGGGAAAGACAACGCCAAAGUGGGACAAGGGAAUGCGUUCAAGCGCGGCUGGAUUAAGAAGGACAACGAUCUGCUGCGGGCCACCCAGGACUCGAUUGUCGAUGAGACGCGGGAGCUGCUGCUGACGCUGCAGCGAACAGGAGCCCUGGACGACGGCAAGGCAAUCACAGACCUCAAGCGGAGGAAGCUGAUCACUCCGAGCAAAGAGAUCACUUACAAGAUCUCCAAGGGGCCCAAGUUUGCGCGGGAAUUCGUUAAGGAGGAGACCGACCUUACGGCCGAGAUGCUCACCAACGGCUCGUGGAAGACGGCCCAAUUGAAGCCGUACAACUUCAACGCCAAGGGUGCCCCAACCCCGGCGGGCGCACUGCACCCGCUGAACAAGGUGCGGCAGGAGUUCCGUAACAUCUUCUUCGAGAUGGGCUUCGAGGAGAUGCCAACCAACCGCUUCGUCGAGACGGGCUUCUGGAACUUCGACGCACUGUUCGUGCCGCAGCAACACCCGGCCCGUGACCUCCAAGAUACAUUUUAUAUCUCCGACCCGCCCACGGCAGACCCCCCGCGCGAAGAUCCUCUGAAUGACCCGCAUCGGCCAGCAUCAACCCAGACGGGUUCGCAAACGACCAAGGAACAGCCGCUCGACUACCAGAAGUACUGGGACAACGUGCGCGAAACCCACGAGAACGGCAAAUUCGGCUCGAUUGGCUACCGCUACCCCUGGAGCGCGGACGAGUCGCUGCGACUGGUGCUUCGCACGCACACGACCUCCGUCUCGACCUACGUGCUGCACAAGCUGGCCGCCAACCCGCGGCCGGCCCGCUUCUUCAGUAUCGACCGCGUGUUCCGAAACGAGGCCGUCGAUGCCACCCACCUGGCUGAGUUCCACCAAGUUGAGGGUGUCAUCGCCGACUUCGGCUUGACCCUCGGUGGUCUGAUUGGAUUUAUGGAGGUCUUCUUUGCCAAGAUGGGCAUCCACCAGCUGCGCUUCAAGCCCGCCUACAACCCCUACACCGAGCCCAGUAUGGAGAUCUUCGGCUACCACGAUGGCCUGGGCAAGUGGGUGGAGAUUGGCAACAGCGGCAUGUUCCGGCCGGAGAUGCUGGAGUCCAUGGGUCUGCCCAAGGACAUGAGAGUCUACGGGUUCGGUCUGAGUCUGGAGAGACCUACUAUGAUCAAGUACAUAUUGUUCCAUGUUUUGGAGUUUUUUCAGAUCGCUAAUGUCUUUCUCUCUCUUUUUCUUUUUAGGUACGCCGUGAGCAACAUCCGUGAGCUCCUCGGCCACAAGGUCGACCUCCACUUCAUUGAAACCAAUCCCGCCGUCCGACUGGAGAAGGAUUAA